AUGGCACCGCCGGAAGAGUUCUGCCAGACGCCAGACAAGCCCUUCAAUGUGGCUGUAGUCGGUGGCGGCAUAGCGGGUCUGACUCUGACCCUUCAACUCCUCCGGAACAGGAUACCGACUACGCUAUAUGAACAGGCGCCCAAGUUUGGUGAGGUUGGAGCUGGCGUGUCUUUCGGUCCCAACGCGCUGAGGGCUAUGUCCUUGAUCUCACCUCAUGUGCGGCAGGCCUUUGAGAACCAAGCAACAUGCAACGAAUCAGAAGACUACAAGGACGUAUGGUUCGAUUUCAGAUACGGCGAGACUUGUGACGAUAAACACAAGGAGGGCGAUCUCAUUUACCGUCAAAAUUGUGAGACGGGUCAGACUGGUAUCCUUAGAGCACACUUCUUGGACGGACUGGUCAAGCUACUGCCCGAUGGGGUUGUGGAAUUUGACAAGAGGGCGGAGAAGUACGAAGACGACGGUAAAAGCGUGCUGCUUUACUUCCAAGACGGCUCAACCGCGCGCUAUGAUGCAGUCAUAGCCUGCGACGGGAUCAAGUCUAGAUUGCGAAGCUUGAUGCUUGGUGAAGAUCACCCAGCAUCCAAGGCUAUUUUCUCUGGGAAGUACGCCUACCGAGGCCUUAUUCCCAUGGAGGACGCAGAGAAGCUUCUCGGCAAAGAGCUAGCAAAGAACGCUCAAAUGUACUUUGGAAGACACGGUCACAUUCUUACAUUUUCCGUCGCAAAGGGGAAAUUCAUGAACGUGGUGGCUAUUACCAGCGCUGAUGAGUGGAAGUCGGACAAGUGGGUCGUCUCCGUGAAGAAGGAGGACAUGAUCCGCGACUUUGAAACCUGGGGCGAGAAGUCUAGGCAAAUCAUCCAGCUCAUGCAGAACCCCGACGUGUGGGCACUCUUCGAGCAUCCGCCGAGUCCAACAUACUACGAGGGGCGACUUUGCCUGCUGGGAGACGCUGCGCACGCAUCCACGCCUCACAAGGGUUCUGGCGCGGGCAUGGCGAUAGAAGAUGCAUACAUCCUCGGCAACCUCUUGGGCUCCAUCUCUGACGCUAGCCAAAUUGAGAUGGCUUUCUCGACAUACAACAAGAUGCGAUGGGAGAGGUCUCAGAAGCUCGUCACCGAUAGUCGCGAGACAGGUCAGCUAUACGACUUGGAGUUGAGCGAAGACUCUGAGUGGGUUGCCGACAAAUUGUCGGCUCGGAUGGAUUGGGUUUGGAAGUAUGACUUGACUGACGAGCUGGAGAGAGGCAAGGGGGAGUUGGUGAAGGAUCAGGCAUCUGUUGAAACCAGAGCGCAGCUUUGA